AUGACUACUCUUUCAAAUUUCAUCGAUGUAUCUCAAUCGUCCUUCAAGUGGGCUGCACUCUCCAUCGCUUUCAACCCAAUCUUUUGGAAACUGUUGACUGACCACGGCUUUCCUUCAUCAGCAUUGUUGCCCGUGCUGAAGGCUCAUGUUCUAAAUCUUUCGCCAUCUUUUGUAGAGUAUCGGAAACACUACCUGACUCGUAUAUUCGGUAAUCCAUAUUACGGUUGUUACUUCCUCGCAAUCGCUAUCUUUACCCUGGGAAUCGUGCGCGACCAUGUGUAUCAGUUGGCCCUGGAAGACCAGCCCUAUUAUGCCCCUGUGCACCAACCAAUUCUCGGCGGCGUCUUGUUCGCUGUGGGAUCCGUUCUCGUUCUUUCCAGCAUGUAUGCCCUAGGCGUCACCGGAACCUACCUCGGAGAUUAUUUUGGUAUUCUCAUGGAUGCUCCCGUCACCGGCUUCCCUUUCAAUGUCACUGGCUCCCCUAUGUAUUGGGGAAGCACUCUGAAUUUCCUGGGUGUCGCCCUUUACAAGGGCAAAGUUGCCGGAAUCCUCCUGACCGCCGAGGUGUUCAUUCUGUACUGGUUUGCUCUUCAGUGGGAGGAUCCUUUCACUGCUGAGAUCUAUGCCAAGCGCGAGCGCGAACGUGCAAAGGCCAAGCAAGGCGGCAAGAGCCAGUAAAAGUGCUAUGGUACCGCGGCCAGUACAAGCCGCGACCAAAGGCGAGGCCAACACUUACAGGAUUGAGUCUUUGGACUUUCAACAACCAUCAAUCCAUGUCAGUCGGGAGGGAAUAGAUAGACACAGCCCCACGGGGGGCUAGGAACUACGUGAUCGAGAUGCUAGAGUGGGAUUCAACAAUGGAAGGAAGCCUGAGAAGAUACAACAAAAACGUGAAAGACACGUCCCAAAUGAUACGAGGGCGAAUAUGGAGAGUAGUCAUAGAACAAAAAGAAGUCAAGAGACAAUAUAUUUCUGCCUGCUUUU